CGCAGGCAUCACACGCCGCCGGGGAGCGCGGUGGCCGGCCCGGCUCCGGCGGUACUGCUGCCGCCGCGCCGUUACGCUCUGCGGGGCGGGGAGGCCACGGCUGCCGACUGUGGGUCAUGCGGCCGGCGCGGCUCUGAGCCUCCGGCUAUGGCGGAGAAACUUUCGUCGGCUCCGGAGCGACCGCGGGGCGCCGGACACGUCGGCUCCUCUUGCUCCAGCUCCUCCUCCGGCUCGGAAACUCUCUCCGAUGAGGGAGAGCUUGGCGCCUGCGGGGCGGCGGCGACGGGGCGGCGGCGGCUCCCGAGCGAGGAGCGGGCGAGCACUGGCGGGCGGGCGGAGGAGGAUGUCUCGCUAGAGGAGCGGGAUGAAGAGCCUGAUCACACAUUGUCACCUCCGCCUGUGCCUUCUCAGAAACCCAGCAGUCCUGAAGCCUUCUCUGGUCCUGGAAAGUCUACUAUAUUUAAGAGACAGCUGAGUGAAGAUGGGAGACAGUUCAGAAGGGGAAGCCUUGGAGGAGCUCUGACUGGCAAAUAUCUGCUUCCCAGCACAACAGGGCAGCAGCUAUGGCAGUCUGCAGAGAUCUCCAAUCUUGUUCGCCUGCACUACCAAGCACUUGGGAAGUCAGCACCUUCCCUGACUCCUAAUUUGGAAGGGGCGCCUCAGAAGAGUCAUUUCAGCUCAGCACGCCACCGUCAGAGACUAGUGGAACCAGCAGCUACAAAAAAAGAGCUGAGCCUUCCAAGAAGAGGAAGUUUUUGUAGAACAAGCAACAGGAAGAGUUUGAUGGGCAAUGGCCAGUCUCCAGCUCUGCCUCGACCUCACUCACCACUCUCAGCUCAUGCAGGAAACAGCCCUCAAGAUAGCCCUAGGAAUUUCUCUCCCAGUGCCUCAGCCCACUUUUCUUUUGCACGAAGGACUGAUGGACGCCGCUGGUCUUUGGCUUCACUCCCUUCUUCUGGCUAUGGUACAAAUACACCGAGCUCAGCUGUUUCUUCAUCCUGCUCAUCUCAAGAGAAGCUACACCAGUUACCAUACCAACCGACACCUGAUGAACUACAUUUUCUGUCUAAACAUUUCUGUACCACUGAGACCGUUGGCAGUGAUAACAGGUGCAGGACCACUGCAAUGCGCCCACGGUCCCGAAGUCUCAGCCCUGGACGUGCUCCUGCCUGCUGUGACAAUGAAAUAAUUAUGAUGAACCAUGUCUACAAAGAAAGGUUCCCAAAGGCCACAGCUCAGAUGGAAGAGAGGCUUCAUGACAUUAUAACAAAUCACUCUCCAGAGAAUGUCCUUCCCCUGGCAGAUGGAGUGCUCAGUUUUACCCACCAUCAGAUCACAGAACUGGCUCGAGAUUGUUUGGAUAAGUCUCACCAAGGCCUCAUCACAUCACGAUACUUCCUUGAAUUACAGCAGAAAUUAGACAAAUUGCUUCAGGAGGCUCAGGAGCGAUCAGAGAGUGGAGAAAUGGCAUUUAUUAAACAACUUGUCAGAAAAAUUCUGAUAGUUAUUGCUCGUCCUGCUCGCUUACUGGAAUGCCUGGAAUUUGAUCCUGAAGAGUUUUACUAUCUUUUGGAAGCAGCUGAAGGCCAUGCUAAAGAGGGACAAGGCAUUAAAACAGACAUCCCUCGGUACAUUAUUAGCCAGCUGGGCUUAAAUAAAGAUCCUCUGGAAGAAAUAGCUCAGCUAGCUAACUGUGACAGUGGGACAGCAGAAAAUCUGGAAGGGGAUGAAUCAAUAAAUAGCUCUAAUACCUCACUGAAGCUGCAGAGAAAACCUCAGGAAAGUGAUUUUGAAACAAUUAAACUGAUCAGUAAUGGAGCUUAUGGUGCGGUUUAUUUUGUGAGACACAAAGAAACCAGACAAAGAUUUGCCAUGAAGAAAAUUAAUAAGCAGAAUCUCAUCCUCCGAAACCAGAUCCAACAGGCUUUCGUUGAGCGUGAUAUCCUGACAUUUGCAGAAAAUCCAUUUGUAGUCAGCAUGUAUUGUUCUUUUGAAACAAGACGUCAUUUAUGUAUGGUCAUGGAGUAUGUAGAAGGCGGAGACUGUGCUACUUUGAUGAAGAACAUGGGUCCCUUACCUGUAGACAUGGCAAGGAUGUACUUUGCAGAGACUGUUCUGGCCUUGGAAUACCUUCAUAAUUAUGGAAUUGUACACAGGGAUUUGAAACCAGACAAUUUAUUGGUAACAUCCAUGGGCCAUAUAAAGCUUACAGACUUCGGCCUGUCAAAGGUGGGGCUAAUGAGUUUGACUACCAAUCUGUAUGAGGGUCACAUUGAGAAGGAUGCCAGAGAAUUCCUUGACAAACAAGUCUAUGGUACACCAGAAUACAUAGCUCCUGAAGUGAUACUGAGACAGGGUUAUGGAAAACCAGUGGACUGGUGGGCUAUGGGAAUUAUCCUUUAUGAAUUUCUUGUUGGGUGUGUGCCAUUCUUUGGAGAUACACCAGAAGAGCUGUUUGGACAAGUAAUCAGUGAUGAAAUUGAGUGGCCUGAAAAGGACGAAGCACCACCUCCAGAAGCCCAAGAUCUGAUUACCCUGCUGCUCAGGCAGAAUCCAUUGGAAAGACUGGGAACAGGUGGUACAUAUGAAGUAAAGCGGCAUCAGUUCUUCAGGAGCCUUGACUGGAAUAGCCUGCUGAGGCAGAAAGCAGAAUUUAUUCCACAAUUGGAGUCUGAAGAUGACACAAGUUAUUUUGACACUCGUUCUGACAAAUACCAACAUAUGGAAACUGAGGAAGAAGAUGAUACUAAUGAUGAAGAUUUUAAUUUGGAGAUGAGACAGUUUUCUUCAUGUUCACACAGAUUUUCAAAAGUUUUUAGUAGCAUAGAUCGAGUUGCUCAAACGCAAGGUGAAGAAAAGGAAGACGCAGGAGACAAAGCAAAAAGUGUGGCAUUGCCUUCUGUGGAAUCUUUAAGCUGGAGUUCAGAAUAUUCUGAAAUACAACAAAGACCUACAUCCAUCUCCUCUGACACCGAGAGUAGCAGGCAGCAUUGCAGCUCUGGUUUGCUUCCAAAGUUGGCCAUAUCAGCCGAAGGAGAACAGGGUGAUUCUGCUGGCUUAGUAGGACCCCGGGAGGAACACGAAAAGCCUGUAUUUGCGAGUGAGGAAGUAGUGCAAGAUGAACCUGAAGUAACCACUCCAGCAAGCACGAUCAGCAGCUCCACGCUGUCAGUUGGCAGUUUUUCAGAGCACUUAGAUCAGAUAAAUGGAAGAACUGAGAGUGUGGACAGUAGAGAUAACUCCUCAAAGCCACCCAGUGAAGUUGCAUCUCACGUGGCUCGCCAGCGAUUAGAAAGCACAGAGAAAAAGAAGAUCUCUGGAAAAGUCACAAAGUCCCUUUCUGCGAGUGCUUUGUCCCUCAUGAUCCCAGGAGAUGUGUUUGGUGUUUCUCCCUUGGGAAGUCCUAUGUCCCCUCAUUCCCUAUCAUCUGAUCCUUCAUCCUCCCGAGAUUCAUCUCCCAGCCGCGAUUCAUCAAUUGCUGCUCCAAGUCCUCAUCAACCAAUAGUAAUUCACAGUUCAGGAAAAAAGUAUGGCUUCACCAUCCGAGCAAUCAGGGUUUACGUGGGUGACAGCGAUAUCUACACUGUACAUCAUAUUGUUUGGAAUGUGGAAGAAGGAGGUCCGGCUUACCAAGCAGGUUUAAAAGCUGGAGACCUGAUAACUCAUAUCAAUGAAGAGCCAGUGCAUGGUCUUGUUCAUACAGAAGUCAUUGAAUUGUUGAUAAAGAGUGGUAACAAAGUCUCAGUAAUGACAACCCCUUUUGAAAAUACUUCAAUCAAGACAGGACCUGCCAGGCGAAACAGCUGCAGGAGCCGAAUGGUCAGGCGCAGUAAGAAAACCAAGAAGAAAGAAUGUUUGGAAAGGAGAAGAUCCCUCUUUAAAAAGCUGGCCAAGCAACCCUCUCCUCUUCUUCACACCAGCAGAAGUUUCUCCUGCCUGAACAGAUCGCUUUCGUCAGGGGAGAGCUUGCCUGGAUCCCCAACCCACAGUUUAUCACCUAGGUCACCAACCCCAAGCUGCCGCUCUACUGACUUCCCAUCUGGUACUAACUCUUCCCAGAGUAGCUCCCCUAGCUCAAGUGCUCCCAAUUCUCCAGCUGGUUCAGGGCACAUAAGACCCAGCACUCUUCAUGGCUUGGGUCCAAAGCUUGGUGGGCAAAGAUACAGAUCAGGAAGACGCAAAUCAGCUGGCAGCAUUCCUCUCUCUCCUCUUGCACGGACACCUUCUCCAACACCCCAGCCAACAUCCCCUCAGCGAUCUCCAUCACCAUUGUUAGGACAUUCAAUUGGAAACACAAAAAUAGCUCAAUCUUUUCCUAGCAAAAUGCACUCUCCUCCAACUAUUGUAAGGCAUAUUGUUAGGCCAAAGAGUGCAGAACCACCAAGAUCUCCCCUGUUAAAGAGAGUCCAGUCUGAAGAGAAACUUGCUCCCUCUUAUGGCAGUGAUAAGAAACACUUAUGUUCACGGAAACACAGUCUGGAAGUCACCCAGGAAGAAGUGAAUAGAGAAAUGUCCCAGAGGGAGGUAACUCUUCAGAGCUUAGAGGAGAAUGUAUGUGAUGUGCCAUCACUCACACGAGUCAGGCCUGCAGAGCAGGGCUGCUUGAAACGACCCAUCUCCCGAAAAUUAGGUAGGCAAGAAUCCAUUGAUGAGCUAGACAGAGAGAAGUUGAAGGUCAAGAUAGUUAUGAAAAAACAAGAUUUUGCUGAAAAAUCAAAUGCUGCUGUACAUGAAUGUGGCAGUGAAGCAGAAAAUCCCAAUACCUUAAGACUGGAAGAAAGAGACAAAAAAACAUUCCAGAAGGUUUUAGAAAGAUCAAAUCAGUUUGAAACAAAAAUUGUAGCUUUGGAGACCCAGUCAGCUGGUGGCAUACUCAAAGACACCCUUCAAAAGAAUGCAAACUUGAGAUCAAAUGAUGGUGUUGCUUUAGAUGCGCACAUGCUGUGUCAUGGGCCUUUGCCUGAUGAGCUGGGUUCUAUUUCUUAUGACUUAAAAAGAAUUUCCCCUCCGUGUACACUGCAAGAUGUUCUGCCUCAGUCCACUGACAGGGUGCUAAAUGGAAAGGGAGAAAACACAGAUAAAAAUGUACCCACAAAAGAAUUUGUCAAACUUGAAAGAUUAGAUGGUAAACUUGUAAAUAUUGAUUAUCGUAGAAAGAAAGUGUCCAUUGAAGAAAAAGAUGACAGUGUCUGUCCCAUGCUAAAACCUAAAUUGACAUCAAAUGUUCUUGAAUGCCUUCAACUUAAUACAGGAAUACCCAUAAACGUACAGCAGGAUUCCACUGCAGUUGCUGAUGGUAGAGCUUUUAUUGGAAGUGCACAUGCUGCUCAGAUUAACUCAGUUUCUUUUGUUCCUCUCAAGACCUUGAAUGGCCGAGCAGACAUGAAUGUGGAAAAGUCAGCCCUUAUUUCCAGUGAGACUCCUGUCAGAAAAAGUCCCUCAGAAUAUAAACUUGAUCCGAGGUCUGUUUCCUGUUUGAAGCCAAUAGAAGGCACGCUAGACAUUGCCUUACUUUCUGGGCCACAGGCUUUGAAGACUGAACUGCCUUUGUGCAUUCUGCCAGAAGGACAGAGCACCAGCAGUGAUGGGGGAUCUCCUAAACCCCCAGCACCACAAGGGAAUGGUGGGAAGGCAGAACUGGCCUGUCAGAAAGAGCAGUUGUUAAGCUAUUCAAAAUCUGGCAAAGUCAGUGUAUCAGAGCCUCAGAUUUUGCAAGCAAGCAAGAGUUCUCCAAAUUUGCCACUCACCCCUGUGGCUGCAGAAGUGCUGACAGAGAAAAAGGUUUCUAGUCCAGCUGCUAAAGGCAGUAUUUCUGUUACUGACGCUGUUCAAAAGAAAGACAUCUCCCCUUCAAAGCAGAAGGACAGCUCAGCAGAUGUGAAGUCAUGUGUUACACAAAGUCAGAGCAUUAAAACUACUCAAACAUACUCCAAACUUUCUGCUGUCCAAAGCACUCCUGAAAAAGCUGGUGGAAAAGAGAAGCAAAAGGAGUUGCUGGCCGAACAGCCAGUGGCCCAGAGAAGUUGUGAGCCUAUUUCUGCAACAGUGGAGGUGAUCAGAGAGCCAUCUCUGAAGGCAUCUGUCUCAGAUGUCCUGAUAACGAGCUACUCGAAAAGCAGUGAAAAAAAUUGCUCUGAUUUUGCCAUUCCACCUCAGAUGCAAGGAAAAAUGCAGGCAGCUGGCCCCAAGGCCCAACCUAAGGAUGGCAGAGAGUCACUGAAACAGCGAGGUACAGAUGACAGCAGUGUUGCCGGUAGUUUCAUGGAAGAGGAUAUAAACAAGCAGAAAGUUCUCAUUGAGUCUAAGAAAAUUAUUGCAGAGUCAAAGAUUGAAGCUUUUCCGUCCAAACGGCCUGUGCAACCCUCAAUGGAUGGUGGUCCAAAAAAUGAAAAGUCUGCACCGGUUUCCUCUGUGCAGAAAGACAAUGCCAAAGAUUUAGGAACAAAAGUUCAGGAACAGCUCACUGACGUAAGGCUUCAUAUUACUGAGAAAGAGCAGUCCAGCCAAGUUCCUCAGCAGCAGCUUAGCACUUCAAGGUCCCCGGCUGUGAGAGACGCUGUAAGCAGAAAAUGUGCUGUAGAUGUUCAUGUAGGUAUUCAAGAACACAUGAAGCCUGCUGCCGCAUAUAUGGAAAGCAGCAGUAAUAAACACAGACCAGCCUCUGAUACAAGUUCUUCUAAGGCUAAGUACUUGGAUAAACAGACACUGUCACAAAAAUCAUUCACUCCAACCAUAAAAGAAAAAGAAACUACUAUUCAGGUGUCUACCAGCUCCCGGAAAGAUGGGAAACAUGCCAGUAAAAAUGUGCUAAAUCCCCUUUCUUCUGUUUCAGGCUCUGUGGAAAAAAUGACCACUAAACAUGGGCAGGCUGAAAGGCCUAUGAGUUUGGAGCGUGGCUCAGUAGCCACCCUCCAGAUGAGCAGCAUCACUCCUGACACCAAACCCAAAUCCUCUACUGUCGACCCCAUAUCAGCAGGCCCAGAGAGUUCUAAGCAGGUGCAGAGACAAGAACCAGGAUGCUUGGGGGGAUAUGGUGAUCAAAAGCAACUUCACCUCAGUGAAAAACAAACCGUGUCUCCAGAGUUUUCCACUGUGAAAGACCCUCCCUUACUGAGCAAACAGACAGACAGGAGUCCUGGUGCUGAGAUGAUCUCUUCAGACAAAAGACCUGACGGAAAAAUACGCACUGACGCACUUUAUGUUCAGCUUGACAGUGGGAAAGUAGAGCCUACCCUUUGCCUCAUGAGCUGCGAUGCCAGAGAGAAAGGAGCAGAAAAAACAACUGCUAGUAGCAAAAACUCUCAAGAGUCAAAAGGGAAGGGACAAGUUAAUCAAAAACAACCAGAGAAUGCAAACAAGCAGAUCACAACGUCAGCUGCCAGUGGGCAGAGUUCUUGUCGUGUGGCUGCAACACCAGGAAAGCCGCUGACUCGUUCAGCCAAUUUCUCUGAAUGUAGACAAGAAGUCUCUAUUUCGUCUUCAGCGAAGAGUGACGCAUCUUCUACAAAGGUUAAAGCAGGUUCACCUGAGCUUCCUGCGGCCUGCAAGGAACUAAAUAAGAAAGGCACCUCUUCCGCAGGGAGUGGUAAGGCAGAAAUGACUAAAAGCAUUUCACUGGUGGCCUUGCACAGUGUUGCUGUUGUAGCAGAAGCCCACCACCCUGCUUCAAACCUUGGGGGAAAGCCUGGAAGUCAAGAAAAGUCUUCUUUUGUUAACACUGGGGAUGUAAAGGGAAAAGACGCUGUUCAGACUCAGCAGUCUGCUUCAAGAAAACAGAAUGUAGGUAAAGAUCUGUCCAGAUCAGCAACCGUACCUGACCGCCCUAACGCACUUUCUGACGACAAAGAUUCAGCUCGGCAGCGGCGAGGAAAAGAGGCUCCACGGAGCAGUCCUCACAAAAAAUCCUGUUAACUGUAAGACCUGGCCGGUGUGAAUUCAAGACUUGCUGAACUAAUGUCAAUAUAUUAGACUGCCUUUAAACCAGCACUGUGUCUUGUCUUUGUUCUGCGAAGCUUUCAUGUCACUGAAGAGCGAGAAUAAGGGGAUAUAUAAAAACAGGACUCUUCUUUUUUUAUUCUUUUCUUUUUCUUUUCUUUUUUUUCGAAAUGCCUUCCCAGUUGUAACCGGUAAAACUGUUACCAUAUAGUAUUUGUACAAGAAUACCUUUACAGCUGAGAGCUGUUGAAGAAAAGAUCUCCUCUGUAAAUACCUAGCAAUGUGUUUGGGGUUUGAAUGUAGCAUAUGUACUUUGCUGCUGAUUGCAUUGUUUACUCUUCCCUUUUUUUAAGAUAGUUGCUUUGCCACUUAUUUGCCAUGCUCAAAUAUAAAACCAAAUUAUUGAAACUCUGACCUCUGACCUGGCAUGGACAUGCACAAGCAUUGGUCUGACUGGAAAACAAAAACAGGCCAAAUUUUUACUUGCUAAAAUCUUAGCUAGAGGUUAAAAAAUCACUAGUAGAGAAUAAAUACAGUGACUUAUUGUGAGUUUUUACAUGUAUUUUUAAUAAUCUAAUUUUGAUAGUACUGUACCUGGUUGACUGAUUCACCAGGUGUAACACAAGACCUGACUGCACCUCCCUGCUGCACAAAGCCUGUCUCUUAGAGCACGUGUCAUUAAAGCUGCAGGAGGACCACUUGGAUAUGAAGGCAUCCCAGCCAGAGUUGUGUUCUCUGGUGAAAUGGUGGUUCUCAUCUUGUCUGUUUGGUGACCUUCACAUCAAGGCUGAGACUGAAGUACUUGCUGUGUGCUUCACUUUUGCUGCAGUUCUCUCGAGUUCCCUGAGCUUUUUUUCAAUUUAGACCCUUGCAGUGUGAGGCACAAGUAUAAGCACAUGACUUGCAGUACUAGUAUGUUCAUUCCUGGGUUAGUACAUUUAGAGAACACAUUAUCAUGGCACAUAGGUCUGCAUAGUUAGCUUCAUACAGUUUAGAUUUUUUUUCUGUUUUACAACAAGGUAAAAAGGAAAAACUGUUUUACUAUCAUCUUCAAAAAUGUUCAGGACACCUGAUACGUUUUAAUACAUAGCUGGGGCCUUAUGUUCUAGACUUAACUUGCUAUUUUUAGCAGGUGAUUCUGGGUUUCACAUUCAUUUCUGAAUGCAUUGAGUAGCUCCAUGUGUUUCAUACAAUAAUCUUUUUAUUUGUAUGCAAAAAAAUACUGUAAUUAUAAAAGAAGCAUUUUGUAACAAAGGAACCUGUUGGAGCUAUUUGGUGCUAGAAUGUGACUGUCUUCUUACUUUUGCUAAGCCUUAUUUAAACUUUGUAUACUGUGGAACAUGUAGACUUUAAUCAUUUUAACAUGGAGGUAUUUAGUUUAUUUUGAAGGAUGAAAGGUAAAAUCUGAAAGAGGAGCACUACAAAGUGCCCUUGCAGAUGCAUGUUUUUUAAUGAUUGGGAUCAGUAAAAUGGUGGGUUUGCUUAUGUCUGUUCUAUGUGCCCACAGUAGAGCUAGGACCUUCCCGUUUUGUCAGGGCUUAUGGAUUGUCUUUCUGUCUCAAAAGCUAGAAAAUUAUUCCUAAAAGCACAGUGUAAUCUUGACUUGGAGGUUUGUAUGACAGCUGACAGUGUGCAGAAUUGAUUUCCCUCUGGUGAAAAUUAUAUUAUACUGAUUAGUUGGUUAGAUUACAGCAAACCUUUCAUGGAAAGAUAAUAUCACAAACAAGUCCUUCUGAUUUUUCAUGUGGCACUAGUACAUUCAUACUGCCUUUGAUGCAUUCACAGAGGAGCUAGUGAACAAUGGAUAAUGUUUCUUGGGCAGUUUUAAAGAUAAAAUGGUCUCAACAUUUACAGUUCAUCUGUGCUUUGGCAGUUACUACAAAUAAAUGCUAAUGCACUUCAAAAUAACAUUUCUGCCUGGAAGGUAUUUCUUAGUUUACAGUCUUACGUAUUUUUUCAGCCAUCCUUUUGUUUCCUUUAAAGUACAUCUAGCUUUUUUGUUUACAGUAACCUUUCUGUAUAUUUUGUAUAGCUCAUCAUCACUUCUGACAACUAAGUUCUUUGCAUUUUGGAAGUGUAGCAGUGCUUAAGCUUGUGUUAUGUAGUACCUGUUUGUUGGUGUUUACCUUACCAGUGAGCUGUUAGAGAUCUUCCUGCCUGUGUUCUACUUGGUCAGUCUUUAUGUGAUUGUAGAUCUGAUGUGUUCUUUUGUAGACUUCCUGCUGUAGAUUCCUCAGCCUACAAAAAAAAAAUACCAAGAAAAAAAAAAUUGUUAGGGUCUGUGCAAUAAAGUGUUUGCAGUCUUAUUUUCUUUAAGAAACUCCUUAUGGAUGUCAUAAUUGUUAUAUAUUGAACACGAUUAUUUAUACUUAUGCAGUUGGAUAACAUUGAAAUAAAAAUUCAGCAUGAAACGC